AUGAAAGUAGUCAGGAAAUAUGGUAAAGCUUAUGGCCAAUGUAUCAACUUCGAGAAGUCGUCCUUACUCUUUGGUAAGCGGAUUAAUGCAAAUACCAGGCAAGAGAUCAAAGAUGCAAUGGGUAUACAAAACGAAGGAGGGAUGGGAACCUACUUAGGUAUCCCGGAAGAUAUAAGUGGAUCCAAGUGCAAAUUGUUUGCAUUCCUCAAGGACAAGUUAAUGCACAGGGUAAAUGGAUGGACGGGUAGGUGGCUUUCAAAAGGUGGGAAGGAAGUUCUGAUAAAAUCUAUUCUGCUAGCUCUUCCGACUUAUGUCAUGUCUACUUUCCUGCUCCCUUUAGAGAUAUGUGAAAACCUAGCUAGUGCCAUCGCACGGUUCUGGUGGAGUUCAAAUCCACCAAAGAGAGGAAUUCACUGGGCGAAAUGGGAAAAAGUUUGCCUACCAAGGGAGGUACACCAGAAAUGCAUCCUAACGAUCCGUGUGGAAAUGGUAAAGGUGUGGGAGGAUCCGUGGAUCCCAACGAUCCCAGCGAGGCCGGCUGUCCCUGUGGCACCAGUAAUGCAUCCUAACAUGAGAGUAAGCGAUCUCAUUGAUCAGAUAGGGAAGGAUUGGGAUGUUGGAUUAUUGGAGAAUUAUGUAAAUCCCGAGGACAUACCGCUUAUAAGGAGUUUGGCCAUCAGUUCAUCUCACCGGCGCGAUACUUUUUGCUGGAGCUACACAAGGAAUGGCCAAUACUCGGUUAAAUCUGGAUAUUGGGUGGCCCAGAAUUUAUUGAAGACGGCGGAAGCACAUGAGAUAUUGGAACCGAGUAUUACCAAGCUUCAAGCUUUUGCUUGGAAGUUAAAAGCGCCUACGAAAAUAUGUCAUCUUAUUUGGCAGUUAUUGACUGGGCAUGUUGCAGUAACAAGGAAUUUAGCAAGACGUAAUAUGCGAUGUGAUAACUACUGCCCAAGAUGCGGAGAUUUGGAUGAAUCAGUCACACAUGCUAUCUUUGAAUGCCCGCCAGCGCUACAAGCUUGGACCUUAUCGACAACCCCAACAAGCCCUGAGGUAUUUCCACUACCAAGUGUCUACGCCAAUAUGGACUACCUAUUCUGGAGAAAAAACUCUAUUAUUGAGCUGGAACAAGACAAAGAUCCUUUUCCCUGGAUAAUUUGGUAUAUCUGGAAAGCUAGGAAUGAUAAACUAUUCAAGGGGAUAGAUAGAGAUCCUUUGGAGUUAGUCCGCUAUGCAGAGAGUGAAUGUCAGGCCUGGUUUGCUGCGAACGAUGUGGCACAACCUAUGGUACAAGAGACUAAUAUAGAGAACCCUCAAGUCAUAAGCUUGGGUAAUAUUUGCUUGCUGGAUGGAUCUUGGACAACAUCUGCCAACUUCAGUGGACUUGGAUGGGUUUGGAUGAACAAUACAGGAAAUACUCAGCUCAUGGGGAUGAAGAAUCUUCCUCGACGUGAAUCAGCCUUGCAUUCGGAAGUAGAAGCGCUACGGUGGGCAAUGGAGAAUAUGCUACAGCACUCAACAUGCCAGCGCUUUGGGACGGAUUGUAAGGAGCUGAUCGCAAUGUUAGAUGAUCCUCAUGCGUGGCCUAGCUUUGCGACGGAAUUGGAGAGGAUAGAGACGCUACGGAUAUUCUUCCCGGAGUUUAGCAUCACUCAUCUGUUUGUUGUCAUAGUGAAUGGUGAUAUAGUUCUGAUCUCAAGAUGA